AUGUUUAAACCAAGUCGAAAUAGUCUCUUGAGACAGCUCCGAUCUGUUCAUACAGUACCCAGGUUGGCCAAUCACGAAACAUGGUCAGCUCAAGGAAUACCAGGCCUCUUGUCGCCUCAAGGCUAUUCAACAGCAUGGACUGAUUAUCAAACGUAUUUGUUAACCAACUUGACCUUACUCACCAACGGUACUGCCAAUGAGACGAAGAAACCAUUUGAAAUACUACUCAAUGCUGCUAAACAAACGACUCAACAACAUACGUUCCACUACGCUGCCAUGUCCCACAUGAACCACUUUUUUUUUGAGCAAUUGACAGAUAAGUCGACGUCAAAAUUGAGUAAACCAUCCCGAUUCCUUAUGGAGAAGCUAAUACACCAAGAUAUAUUAGAUGUGGAUGCUUUAAGAACCAAGAUCUUGACCAUGGCGGAAAACGCGUAUGGACAAGGAUGGAUCUACCUCGUUGAAGACAAGACCAAGAAUUUGCAGUUUCUUCAAUGUAAUAACGAAGGAAUGCCCUAUUAUUUUGGUAAACGUCAACAAUUGGAUUUGAAUGGCGGCAUUGAUGAAUUUACAUUCAACAGUUUGGCCAAUUUGCAAACGAGAGCUAGUAAUGAGGAAGUCGCUCAACAACAAGAAGAACAGUAUUUGCCUAUAUUGGCGAUAAAUUAUUGGGAUUAUAUGUAUGUUGAGGAUUAUGGCGUUACGGGAAAGAAUGAAUAUUUAAACAACUUGUGGGAUCAUUUGAAUUGGGAUGUGAUUAAUAAGAGAUUGUUCCAAGUGUAA